UUUAUAUAUAUACAUAUACAUAUACGUAUAUAUAUCUCCAUCUUCAAAUCCAUACACAGAUAAAGAGCCAAAAGAGGCAAACUUUCUACAAUAUCUAAAGUGCAUUCCAAAUUCUAAAGCGUUGAAUCAUCAAAAACGUGCACCUAGGUUUGAAUUUUGAUUCACAUAACUCAGAAUCAAAUCAAACUACUUAUAAAAAAAUUCUUUGGUCAAUCUUUUGCACAAUUUAAAAAAUUCAAAGACGUGUAUUAUAUAAUUUCCACAAGGGGUUUCGUAUAAAUAGGCAAGGGUGAGAGGUUGUCAUUCUCAUCAUCAAUUCAUCAGUCAUACAAGCAGGAAACAAGACCUUCAACUCUAUUUUCUUUAUUCAAGAACAAAAGAAACAUAACCAGUGUUUACAAAAGGUGAUCUUUAACUGUUAUGGGUUUAUCCUUGUCACUGUUAUCAUCAGCCUGGGAAGUAAUCUUGAGACAUGGUUUCUUAGAUCUACCUUACGAUCUUGAUAACCUCGAAAACCGAUUACGAACCAAUAGUUUCAAAAAACCCGAAUCAGAAUCCGAAUCCGAACGAAUCUCAAAAACCUCUACUGAUUCACAAGAUUCAAGUCCUAGAAGUAAAAGAAGGAACUCAAUCAGUUUAAAGAGCUGUGAACCAUUAAAGAUCAUGCUUGAAACCACCCUUUCAUUCAAGAACUUGGUUCAUGACAUUAGAAAACCCGAACCCGAGAACCCGAAUCAUGAAACGGGCACAAACCUCCUCCCUGAACCUGCUGUGUUCUUUUCGCCAAGGCCAGUUAGUGAGCUCAACGAUGCAGCUACUAGAGUUCAGAAAGUAUACAAGAGUUAUCGAACUCGAAGAAACCUAGCCGAUGGUGCUGUUGUCGCUGAGGAACUAUGGUGGAAAGCUUUGGAUUUUGCUGCUUUAGAUCGAAGCUCGGUGUCUUUUUUCAACGUCGAGAAACACGAAACCGCAGUUUCACGGUGGGCCCGGGCUCGCACUAGGGCUGCUAAAGUCGGAAAGGGUCUGUCAAAGAACGAAAAGGCUCAAAAACUCGCCUUGCAACAUUGGCUCGAAGCUAUUGACCCACGCCAUCGUUAUGGCCACAACCUGCACAUUUACUACGAUCUCUGGUUCGAAAGUGAAAGCUGCCAACCUUUCUUCUACUGGUUGGACGUCGGAGAUGGUAAAGAAGUAAACCUCGAGAAGUGUCCGAGGGCUCAUCUACAGCGUCAAUGCAUCAAAUACUUGGGACCUAACGAAAGGGAAGCAUAUGAAGUUAUUGUUGAAGGCGGGAAGCUUGUUUUCCGGCAAACUGGUUUACUUUUGGAAACCAUCGAGGGUUCCAAAUGGAUCUUUGUCCUAAGCACCUCAAGAAACUUGUACGUUGGUCAGAAGAAGAAGGGCCUUUUCCAGCAUUCCAGUUUUCUAGCAGGUGGUGCCACCACAGCCGCCGGACGAUUAGUCGCACAUGGCGGUGUUCUCGAGGCUAUUUGGCCAUACAGUGGUCACUAUCUCCCGACGGAAGAAAAUUUCAGGGAAUUCAUUAGCUUCUUAGAGGAAAAUCAUGUUGAUCUCACGGAUGUAAAGAGAUGUUCGGUUGACGAUGAUAAUGUCAGCAUCGGCUUUUCAUUUAAGGUAGACGAACCUAAAACCGAACCUGAACCCGAAUCAAAACCUAAACCACUUGUUAUUCCGCAUCAAGAACCCAUUGACAUUCUUCGUACACCUACCAAUGUUGAGCGUACAAGUGCACCAAGCAUGGGUGUCAAAGCGAGCCCGAUGCAUUAUAAUUUGGCUAAUCGUCUAUCAUGCAAGUGGUCAUCCGGAAUCGGGCCCCGUAUCGGUUGCCUUCGGGAUUAUCCAGCUGAGCUACAAUCUCGAGCCCUAGAACAAGUCAACUUAUCUCCUCGGGUUGUUCCUGGGAACUUUGCAAAUUAUGGCCCGAUCCCAUCUCCAAGGCCAAGCCCAAAGGUUCGGCUCUCACCACGGCUUUCAUACAUGGGACUACCGAGUCCUAGGACUCCCAUAGCUGCCACUAGCUAAGCUAACAGAGUUAAGAAUUUAUAACUUGAAAAAAUAAAUAAAAGUGUGGGUUCUAUAUAAAUAGAGAUAGGACCUACAACCAUAACCUUGACUAUCGAUUUUUUUUUCUUUACUCUAGUUGACCUCCACUAUUGUUGCAUACGGUUUUUGGUAGUUGGGUUUUUGUUAGUCAUAUUAUUUCAUCUCUUUGUAAAGAAAUCUGAUAAAUUUCUAAUGAAUAAAAGAAUAUUGUUGGUUUA